UGUCGUAUUAUUAAACUAAUCUCCACCUGGACAGAUGAUCUAUAAAAUGUUUGUCCUUACAUGAGUCUCCCCAUACUCGCAAAAACAAAUUUAACCAGAGAGAGAGAGAGAGAGAUUGAGGAAGAUGAAGAUGAUGAAAGGAGAAGUGGUGCUCAACAUCCCAGCCGAGAAAGCAUGGGAAAUGUACAGAAACAAUGAAAUCAUUAGCCAAAUCAACCCUGAAAUGCUGUCUGGGGCUGAGUACAUACAAGGAGAUGGUGGCCCUGGAAGCCUGAGGCUUUUCAAGCUUGGUCCCGCUGUAUGCAAUUAUGUGAAAGAAUCAAUGGAGAAGAUAGAAAAGGUGGAAAUGGGACGGUCGGUGACUUACCAGGUCAUUGGCGGAGACUUAAAGGAGAUGUAUGAUCCCUACAGGGUUACUUUCUCAUUCAUUCCUGUGGAAGGAAAAGAAAACCAUAAGUGCAUCGCUGAAUGGAAGGCAGAGUUUGAGCCACUGGCACCCGCAACCCCUCCACCUGAGAAGGCCAGGGAUGCUGCCCUUGGAUUUCUCAAGUCGUUUGACAACUUUCAGCUAAGCUACUAGCUCUACCAAUAUCAGUAUUCUGAAACAGAUAACUUUAUAUAGGUAGUUAUUUCUGAAAUCACCUUAUGAGGUGGCCUAUUCUUCACAAUUUCCUCUACUAAUAUAUGCCUCUAUAUAUAUAUAUAUGUGUGUGUGUGUGUGUGAAAUUAGCUGGAAUAUAUCACCUAAGUUGAGUGUACUCUUUGUAUUAUAAAAUGAUUAGACAUGAAAUUGUACUAGUAUUAUCAAUGAAGUUAUCUAUGAGAAUAAGCAGGUCUUCACUAUUUGGUGAUGGAGUCUUUCUGUUACUA